CAAGCGGCAUGCUGAUGCUGCCUCCACUGUCUGCAGUUAUAAAGAUAUCCAAGGCUUCCGCUUUCCUCCUCGUCAUCGUUCCUUUCAAGACCUUCGAGAACACCAUCUCACCCAAAGAGCCUCCUUACUUUACCAACUUUACCAAGCGACAGGCAACGCCCCUGCUUGCAUCAUAGACUGCGGCACCCCUACAUCCCAAGAAAGACACGCACCGACCCCAAUCCUUCUUUCAACGGCCUGACUUCAUCGCGCAUUCCAACCGCCGCACACCUAAGAAACUCUUACUGCGCCGAUCCUAAAGUACCUUACCUUACCGGUAAACCGUACUUCGUCUUUACCCAAAUCCUACCGAACACAGCCAAGCAAUCAAGAGCGGAAGGAGGACAAGGGAAGCAACCACACAACUUUCAGGGCGUACCAAUUCUUCCGGCCUUCCGUCAUACUUGGUAGUGUGGUGGCAACCAGACCACACAGUCCAUUACACAUCACAUUGCCCAUCGUCUGACGGCAUAUUGGACCAGUCCGAGCAUCCCUGCCAGUGUGGAUAGACCGUCACACUUCGAAUCUCUUGGCACUCUGACACGCCCUGCCCAUCACUCUUGAAACGGGAAAGAGACAAAAUUCCACUCGCUCCCACUUCCGCCAAUUCCUGCAACCUUUUUACAUCUUGCAUCUUGCUCAUACCAAUCUCAAACUUUGGCCUAAUCACUUUCGAGUCGCACACGAGACUUGCAAGGCCUUAUUCCGUACUGUAGAUUGGGAUUUCUGCAGCGUCGCAUUUCGAUCAGCGUCGCAUACACACCUACCUUCCUUCCUACCGAAUAGUCGGGCCUAGCCAAACACAUCACAGCGAAAGCGAAAAUGAGAUUAGAUCUCGCAGUCGUCGCGCUGACGCUGCUCGCGCCCGCGUGGGCCGCCGCCGUGGAACCCGGUCUCCACGGCUCCGACGUCGCAUUCCUCGCCCCCAAAUCCGAGCGCGACAACGCCCAGCAGGACGAGAAGCUGUGGAAGCGCAAGGGCGGUGGUGGCGGCGGCGGCGGUCGCGGCGGAGGCUCUUCUUCAGGUGGGUCCCGGUCGGGAGGUGGCAGUCGCUCCGGCGGCUCCAAAUCCGGUUCUGGUUCUUCAGGGUCAAGCUCAUCAAAAGGCGGUUCAUCAGGUGGCUCAAAAAGUGGCGGCAGCAGCAGUGGUGGUUCCAGUACCUCGAGAGGCGGUUCUCGCGAUAGCUCUGGCGGAUCGACAAGGACAGGAAGCGGACCGGUCCCGGCGUAUGGAGGUGGUAGAUACUAUGGCGGCGGCGCGACGGUGCCCUACACGGCUGGCGCAAGGAGGGGCAACAUGGUGCCGUUCCUGCUCGUCGGUGGUGCGUUGGCCUUCUGGCCUGGGCUUUGGCUCGGCGCGCACAUGUAUCCCUACAGCCACCCGUACCGGUACUACAACGAGACAGCCCGCCAGAACCAGACGAAGCCAGUACUGUGCGGUUGCCAAGAGUACCAGCCCUGCGGCUGCGACGAGAACAACAGCACCGAGUACAUGAACUCGCUCCUCGGCAACGGCAGCUAUGCCGCGCUGAACAAGUCCGUCGUCAACAUUGGCGAGUACAACGGCAACGAGACAAUCCUCAUCAACGGCUCCCUGCCCAACGGCACGACAGCUGCCGGCGGUUCCGACGAGGUCGGCUCCGCUGCCUUCCGCACCGCUGUGGAGACGCUCGGCUUCUGGCCCGUUGUUGUGGUUGUUCUCGCUACCGUCUUCGCGGCAUAAUGCGCAACCGAUGUUGGAUGUAUGACCACGCCUUUGUACACUAAUGAUGGAUGGGUUUACAUGCAUAAGGGUUGGCUGUAUGACUUUUUUGGGGUUUCUUGGAGUUUUAUUUUGGAACAAGAUACCCUACAAACGACGCUGGAAGAGUCCCAUGAUUAUGAGGGCGGGUUCCAUCGCUGGGGUCGGCAAAAUGAAGCAGUAGUUAGUGAUGAACAAAUACAAGUAUGAUAU